UGGAGCUAGCGUUAGUUUUACUUUAUUUCUUAGUUUUAGUUGAAUACAGGAUAACAAACAGUUAUUGACACUUUAUGUUUCAAUAAUGAGCUAGCUAAGCAUGAAAGAGAAACCCUGAUUUGCAUCGUUGUUGCAAAUUUGGAAGAAUAUAUACGAGAACUUGAAAAAUUAUUGCUUCCACCAGAGAAAGAUGAGGACCAUAACUUCCUCGGGUGGCAAAGUUGAGACUGUGUCUGUGAGGAGAACAGAGUCAUCAGAUGCACAUGAGAUCAAUAGCCUGAUCAGUCCUGCCACAGUAGCAGUAUUUGGAAGAGUAAAUGUCAUUCAUCUACUAGAGAAGGCCAAUCUGGCAGUGACCCUGAGCAAUGCAAAGAAUGAGGUCUUGGCCCAUGCUGCCUUCUCUGAUCACCCCAUUGGAGACAUUGUGGAUCAAGCUUGUUGGGAAGCAUUCCUGCAUGACAAUUACAGCACUGAAAAAUACACGCCUCUGAACACACUCUUCCUGCACCUCUUCGUGGCACAGCCGAUCUUCUCCAUCGGGAGUGCCAACGAGAUUGUAAGAACUGUGUUCAAUGCUAUCACAGAGCUGCAAUACAUCUGCUUGGUCACCCCAACUAGUCGAUGUCUAGAGCGUGCCCUGGUAAAGAUCUUUGAGCCCAUGAAGAGUCUGAAGGAUCCAGGGCCCCAGUGUUCAGCGUUUGUGUGCCACAGACACAACUAUUGCCCAAGGCUGCAUGUCCGCCGAGCCAGGGUGGAGGAUCAUGACGACCUCACACACAUCUUUGCGGAGCAGACAAAGGCCCUCACAGAAUGCUAUGGGCCUUACUUUCUGGUUGAACUCAUCGAGGCUCAGGAUGACGAAAAUCAUGCAGCUGUUUGUGAGAAUGAGGGAACUGCUGUGGGUUUCAUCAGUGUGAGUGGUGACAUCAACUUGAAGCUGCUCAACGAGUGCUUUGAGCUUGGGCCCUUCAACGGUCUGUAUAAGUCCAGUCCAGAGGGCCUGACUGAGACUGCCCCUGAGCCAGAGGGAGAGGGGCCUCCAGGGGACACCAACACCAUCAUCCCACAGGGUACCACUGGAGAGGUAUCAUCACAGGACGUGGACCAGACAAAAGAUUUGGAUCAAGGUGGCGUUACAGCAAUACCCAGUGAAGUAUCAGAGCCAGGGGACAGCCAGGCUUGUGCUGCAGAGCCUCAGGAUUCAGAAAUGACUCUGGAACCAAGAGUCUCACUAACACCCAAUGCAUUCUGUAUUCAGUUAUUUGUAAUCAACAAGACAUUUGAAAUGAGAUCGGUGGACUUCCUGCCCAAUAUAUUUAAACUUUUCCCUGACCGUGAUUUCUGCAUCAUCUCUGUGCCCAAGUUGGCCCCUGAGUUCCCCCUGCUCCAGAGCUUCCUCAGGGUGGUACCACACCACACCAGCAGUCUGCCCCAGGAGCUCUACAUCUUCCACCGCUCUGGCCUGCUCAAGACAUUUGUCGUGACUCUGGCAGUGUCUGCGGACAGGCCUGCUGUCUGUGACAUGGUGAAGAGACUCAGCCUGCAUGAUAGCCUGCUGGAGGACCUGGACAUGUUUUACCAGGCCCAUAGAGACAUGGAUGGAACACCCUUGCAGGCGUUUAUAGCCCAAGUUCAGAACCAACUAGUUGGGAUUGUAAUUAUCAGAAAUGAGGAGGAUAUAGAUUACAUCCGAGCCAACUACAACAUUGAGAACUUCAUCUACUUCAGCCACCACCGCUAUGAGGAGCACGGCCAGCUGUGUCACUUUGCCCUCAACCCCAUCUUCCAGCACUACGCCAAACACUUCCUAAAGGAGGCACUGCGGCUGGCCCACAAAUCCUGCCUCUACUACCCAAUCUACCCCUCCUACCACAGCCAGAAGAUAUUCAUAAGUGCAGUGUUCCUCAGCGCCUGCCCAGCCACUCUUCACCAACUCUCUCUGGGAUUGGAGCAGCAGAACUCGUGUGCCCAUUACCUGACCUCUGUCCUGAACUUCAUGGUCCCGGUGCGCCCUCGACGCCAGAUUGUCUACCCUCUGGAGGAGCUGGGUAUCAACGCGCCAUCCAAGCAGAUCACCAAGGACCAGGUCCCGUAUGCUCUCAACCACAUCAACCGAAAGCUAACCAUGGAACCAAAAUUUACCAUCAAUGCCAGGAUCGUGGUAGUGGGGGCAUCAGACACUGGCUUAGCAUUUCUGGAGGUGCUCGCUUUCUGCCCACACCUGAGGUUCAAUAACAUGACUCUGAUCUCCACGCAUGGCUUCCCAGGCUACUACACCAAUGAAAAUAUGAGAUUCUUGUCCACAAGCCAUGGCUCCAGCGACAGGGACCAUGCCCAGAUGUCGCUGCGCUCCUGGAUCAACGUGGUGACUGGCAAGAUGGUGGGCAUCGACAGGGCAGCCAAGCAUGUGCUGGUAUCUGGGGGCAGGAAGGUGCCAUAUGAUCAUCUCAUCCUCUGUACAGGCCAGCAGUACCAGGUUCCCUGUCCCACUGGUGUGGACAGCAGCCAUCUUCCCCCCAAAAGCCAGCUCCCAGCCCAGCCCCGUCGUAGAUACACCGGGCCUGUCCCAUCCAACCUCUUCACCCUCAACGACCACCACGACUGUGUGACCGCUUACCAGUGGCUGCUCAACAACUUUGUGAAGCUGAAGGGUAAUGCCAUAGUGUACGGCAACACCAUUGAUGUGUACACCUGUGUGGAGACUCUGUUAUGCCUGGAUGUCCAAGGCUAUCGCAUCCACCUGGUCCAUCUGCCCACCACGGAGGGCUCCAGCUGCAGCCCCAGCCCCAGCUCCUGCUUCAGCAACCCCACAGUGGAGAAGGCCAUGAAGAAGGCCUUGGAGAAGAGUGGGGUCCAUGUCCACCACAACUGCUUGCUGGCCCAGAUGAAUGACGGACAGAACUCUGAGCCAAUCACCUCCUUGUCCUUCACCAGUGACAGUCAGCGUCUCUGGCUGGAGUGCUCUGUCUUUAUGAACCUCUCCUCCAAAGGGGUGGACUAUGAUGCCUUUAAGACCAUCAACGACGCCUGUCUGGUGUACGACGGCCGACUGGUCAUAGACACCACAUUCCAUACCAACGACUCCACCAUCCGCGCCGCCGGGCCCCUCACCAAAUUUUCCCGGCGCUAUCAUGCAGACCAGUGGUCCCACUCCAGCUUCAACUCUAGGGAGGUGGGCCAGGAGCUGGCUGCUGCACUGCUGCCCUUCUUCGACCCCACGCUGGAGCCGGCCAUCAACCCUCCAGCCGACCUGGACCGCCUCAUCCCCAUCUACACACAGGCCAAGAUCCAAGGUGGGAGACUGCCAGGAGGAUACUGUUAUCUCCAUGCUACCAAACCAGAGCAAAGGCCAUCUGCAGUUCACCCUGUAGAAGGCAGAGAGAUCCUGACUGGCCGCAUUGAGACUGGCAACUACUUCCACCUGCACCUGAACCAGUACGACAUGGUGGAGACCAUCACCUGUCUGUCACUGAAGCCCUUCCCGGUCUCCAACUACCUGUGUCUCUAUGGGAAACAUGAGCUGCUGCUCAACCACCUAUGUUCCCGUUAUGAUGAAGGGCUGGUUCAUGACCUCUACAGUUAUUUCAGGGAGAAAUGGUGCCUGGCGAUAUAUCAUGAUCGCUUUGCAGACUUUGAGCAGGAAAUGCACCAGAUAAUGGAAUCAACUAAAUUGCAGGACCACAAUGAUCUGUCCAUUUCAGAGCUCGUUCAGAGGAUGAUGGAUGAGAAGCUGAACAUUAUUGAGGAACCAAACGUGUUUCUCAAGAAGGUGUAUGAAACAAGUGGGGGAUUGGCUUCCCUCAAGACCAGCACUCUGAAUUACCUGAGGUACAACAGGUACCACCUGACUAUGUAUGCCCAGCCUGGACUACUGUAACUGCUCCUCCAUGUUAUCUUACCUCAACCCACAUUUUCAAUUCAAUAUUUAUCACAUAGAAAUAUUCCAUUGUUUUUUUAUUUAACUAAAACGUUGUAGAAUCAUCCAACUGUAGUAAAAACAUUUACAUUCAAUUGAGUUAAUUUGAACAGAAAAUACCAUAGCCAAUGUUUUUAAUAAAUGUACUUGUGAUUUUAGAUAGACAAGAAUAUUAGACUAUGUACACACUUUUAGCACGAACACAAACUCAAACUUUUUGUUGUCUUAAUUUUAUGAGAAGGUAAAGUUGACUGACUUGAGAAAACAGAGAAAACAAAACAAUCCUCAAAUAAAUAUUAUCAUUAAGUGUUAUAAUAAAGUGACAACGAAUUGUCAAAUUCAGCUUUCUCGCAUAAGAAGUUAACAUCUAGUCCUACUUGUAAUUGUAACUGCAAAGGUUAUUGGGAUGACUGAAACAACCUAGGCCUAGAUGAAAGUGGAUUUAGUGAGUGCGAGGAGGGGUUCUAUAUUCUACAGCUGUAUGGUAAUGAGGCUCAAAUCUUCACUGCCUCUAUGCGCAGAACACAGCAAUGAACAAAUAGCCGCACACGCGCCUCAAGGUAUGGGAUCCUUUAAGCGAUUAUCAAAUAGCUCGGUAAGAUAAACGUUAAUUGGUAGAAUGAGAAUAUAUGAAUCUAUGAAAUUACAUGGAUCAGUGACACCCAAUGAUUUGUGUCAUCCCCUGGCUAUUGAAUAAUUAGCCAUUUUAAUGCAAACAAUUUCCCAGAGGAAGGCCAUUUUAAAAAGUGUUUGAAAACAUGGUAUUCUAACAUGACCUAUAGGCCUAUAAUAUACGCCUAAUUAUAGGCAUAUAGGUCAUGUUAAAAUAACAUAUUUUCAAACACUUUUUUAAGAGUUCACCUACUGAAAAUAAUCUUACAUUAUUAUUUGCAUCAUUGUUUGGGCCUUGGCUAAUUUAUUUUUUCCCUAACUGUAAAUUAAAUCUUCCAGAUUUGUGUGAUUGUUUUAAUUCGUAGCCUACUACGUGUGCUUUGAUUCUUAAUUAUGUUGGGGAUAUUUAUUAUUCAACCUCAAAGGAGAUUUUGCCUCGACAUAUUUUCUGUUUCUUGAAUUAGGUAUAUUGAGAAUUAAAAAAGGAAACUUUCAGAAUAGGGCAAAUUGAUCAUCAAUAAUUUAACGUAGCCCUAUUUCAGAUUAUUUUGAGCAACUUUAUAGUGAUAUACAUGUAUAUGCCUAUUAAUAACCAGAGGCCUAUGCCAUUCAAGUAUCGCAUAAAGAAAUAUCGUAUUGGGUGAAAUUCUGUCAACAGACACAAAAAGACUUGCUAGACAUCUGGCAUGUGGUUUAUUGCACACAUUAUUAUGGAAUGAAAUCUUGACGCAUUAGCCAAACUAGACAAGUCUUCUCAUUCCUCGCCAUGGUGGUGGAUAGCCUACAGGCUAUAUUUUAGAGAUGGGAUAUGACCCUGAAGGAAUUGGGUUUGACUGUUUUUAACGGAGAGAAAAUCAUGGUAUGGCCCAUUUGGAGACUGUCCGCUUUGUCCAAACCACACUGAUUACGCACAGCACGCGCCGACAGUAUCUCUUGGCCAGAUUGCUUUGUUGCCCGUUUUACGGUGCAAUUUCCUUUUCAAUCACAAGCGGGAUACAGCUUGCAAAAGCACGGCCAUUGUAAUGCAAAGCAGGGAACCCUGUUUCAUUAAUUAUGUAUGCGUAAAAUGACUGAUUCAUAUGUCCAGAGUUCAGCUGUCGUAUCCAACACAUGUCGUUUUAUGUUUUUUAUUUUUUUUAUAUAUAAAUAUUUGCUUGUUUGGUUUUUUUUAAUUUGGUGUUUUAAUGGAAUAGGCUAUAUUUAUAACUUUGUAUAGGUUUAACAAUUUGCCGAUUUGCUUUAGCCUUAGUAUUCUGCAAUUGAAGCAGACUAAAACAUGCAACUCAGCAAUGUGUGUGUGUCUGCACAGAAGAUAAUAUUUUGGGUAGGCCAACUAAUAAAUAAC